AUGGGAAACUCAAUUUCGAAUAUGUUGAAGGAGGCGGAUAAGGAGAAAGAGGCCGCCGCCAUACAAGAAUUGGAAAUGUUGCAAAAGAUGAUCGAUGCAGUCCUAGACAAAUAUGAGGGAGAGAUCACAGAGAAGUUCUUGAAUGCAGAUAAUACAGCGAAGACUGAAGUACCCGGAAUCCGUGCCCUUCGCAAAAAACGUUUCUCAACAUGCAAGGUUUCAGAUAAAUUAUGUUAUGAAGUUAAUGAUGCUAUCGAUAAAUUUUUUGGAGCUGCUACGGGAGGCAAUACGAAAGUCAAACUGGUCGGUGGAUUUAAGGCAGUCGUAAAUGCUGCACUAAACCAGUUCCUCGGCAACACGGAAAUCGGCGUCACAGAUACAAAAGAAUACUUCAUUUAUAUGCACCAUAACGCAAUCAUCCGCAUUGAUCUUAGAAUGUGGCGGUGGAAUUUCCAUAGCGACGGCUUCAAGAAGGUUGAAAAAGGUGUCCUAGGAUAUGUCUUCUGCGUUUCAGUAGUUGAUAUUGGCGCUCUGAAGACUGCAGAGUUUGUUUACCUCAUAAGUGAAUACGCUGGUGAUGAGGAGGGCGAAGUCCAGCAAUACUACGACCAAAUGGGUAAAAUCUAUGACGCCGCACGCAAAAUGCAACAAAGCGAAAAGGCCACCAUCACGGCGAAAUAG